AUGGCACAAAAUAAGCAAACGGUAAUUGUGCGAUACAGUGUUGGCGCGACGUUUUUCGUCGCCGCAGUUCAACAAAAAAAGAGCUUCUAUAUGAGAGUAGAGAACUCGGAAGAAAACUUUUGCAUUUCCGAAAUGUGCUUAAGAAAUCUAUCGGUAAAGGAGGGGGACGUCCGAGAGGCGCUUGAAAACGCCUCCUUUCUACCGGUAGAGGUGGAAAUAGGAACAGGGGUUAAACUUCAUAUAUCAAAGGGCGUUGUGCGUCUACAACGCCACAGUGAAAAAAGAAAAAAAAUCUUGGAGGAAAUGUCGUUGCCAUCAAAAUGUUUCGUGGAGGUGCUAGACGCUUUAGGGGCGUUGAAAAUUGCCAUUGAUGAAUGCCGCAGGCAGACGCAGGCUGCAAAAAAACGAAAGGCGGAGACCCUCUUAAAUUCGUCUUCGGACAACGAUUUAGAUGUCGUGAAACGAUCCAAGAGCAGACCAAGGAGGGAUCAAGGGGAUGAUCUCCCGUGUAAAAUAGAUCUGAAGAAUAUGUUGGUGAGUAAAACAUUUUGCCUUUUAAUAAAUUAUUUUUAUCACGUGAAAAUAUUAGGACAAAAUUGA